AUGCAGAUCCUGGGGCUGUGGCGGCGGCGGCGGAGACGCGUUGGAGGAAAGAUCGAAGACUUCCAGGCUUCUGAGGAGACUGCAUUUGUUGUUGAUGAAGUGAGCAACAUUGUAAAGGAGGCUAUAGAAAGUGUCAUCGGGGGCAAUGCCUACCAGCACAGCAAAGUCAACCAGUGGACCACAGACGUCGUGGAGCAGACUUUGAGCCACCUCACUAAGCUGGGGAAGCCAUUUAAAUACAUUGUGACCUGUGUGAUCAUGCAGAAGAACGGAGCUGGGUUACACACCGCCAGUUCCUUCUUCUGGGACAGCACUACGGAUGGGAGCCGCACGGUCCGAUGGGAGAACAAGACCGUGUACUGUAUCGACAGUGCCUUCGGCCUGUCCAGCUGA